GUUUCUCCUCCCUCGGGGGCCGCUUCAAAAGCACAGCUCGCUCUCAAAACAAAGGAAGACGGUCCUCGACUGCAGAGGAAGCAGGAAGAGCCGACCCUGCUCAGAGCCCAGCUGCUGGGGCCUGGGACCAGCGGGAUGGAGUCUGUGGCCCUGUACAGCUUCCAGGCCACGGAGAGUGAUGAGCUGGCCUUCAACAAGGGGGACACACUCAAGAUCCUGAACAUGGAAGAUGACCAGAACUGGUACAAGGCUGAGCUCCGAGGCGCUGAGGGCUUUAUUCCCAAGAACUACAUCCGCAUCAAGCCCCAUCCGUGGUACUCGGGCAGGAUUUCCCGGCAGCUGGCCGAAGAGAUUCUGAUGAAGCGGAACCACCUGGGAGCUUUCCUGAUCCGGGAGAGUGAGAGCUCCCCUGGGGAGUUCUCGGUCUCCGUGAAGUGAGUUCUGACCCGUGGGGGGAGUGGGGAGAAGGGUGGGCAGGGAGGCACA